AUGCACCGGAUCAGGUAUUUUGCCGAUCCGGCCGGAACCGGAAUUUCGGCCGCUAGCCGAACCGGAUCGCCCGAAUUCCGGCCGGAUCGGGACCUAAAUUUAAAAUCAUGCCUGCACACAGCAAAAGAGUGUCAAGAAAUAAAAAGUUUGAUGGACAGUCAGUUCUUGUUUACUAAGGCGACUGGUGAUUGUGAUAUUUUUGUGAAUAAUUCUAAAUAAUUCCAUUUUCUUGGAAAAUGUUUCUAGUUACAAUUGUUAAUAUUAAUUUAUAUAAAAUUAUGGACUGAUUAAUUAAGUAUACCG